CCUACUUCCAAAUUUUUUUUUUCUUCUUCUUCCCACCACUUCGUCAAACCCCUACUUUGCUGAACUUUGCACGCCAAGUGGAAAGCUAAAAAGAAAAAUGACAAGCGGCGCUGGUGACAGGGAGGUCUCCAUCGUCGUCGUCGCUCCGGAGACAGAAAUCAGGACCCAGGAGGAUACCGGCGCCAGCUGGAAUACGGUUGUUAGUAAUGGGAAAGGGGCGAGGAAAUCGCCGCCCGACUGUACUGGGUUCCAAAAGGGGACGGCUUUUUGGAAGAAUCUUCAGCUAGUGGUUCUUGAGACCAAGCUGUCCGUGCUCUUCCCUGCCAUUCCUCUCGCCAUUGUUGCCGAUUUCUACAGCUUCGGAAAGCCAUGGAUAUUCGGUUUUAGCUUGCUUGGACUGGCCCCACUCGCUGAACGUGUCAGCUUCCUCACUGAGCAAAUUGCUUGCUUCACUGGUCCUACGGUUGGAGGGCUCUUGAAUGCAACUUGUGGGAAUGCAACAGAGCUAAUAAUAGCAAUGUUUGCUCUAAGACAGAGGAAAAUCCAUGUCCUCAAGUACUCUUUGUUCGGCUCCAUUCUCUCUAAUCUCCUUCUGGUCCUUGGGAGCUCUCUUCUCUGUGGAGGUUUGGCUAACAUAAAAAAGGAGCAGCGAUAUGACAGAAAGCAGGCUGAUGUGAACUCACUACUUCUGUUACUGGGCUUGUUGUGCAACCUACUGCCGUUGCUGCUCAAGCAGGUAAUGGGGAAAGGUCCAGCCACUGCCUACUCUACUCUUCAGCUGUCAAGAGUGAGCAGCAUUUUUAUGCUUCUGGCAUAUGCUGGAUACAUAAUCUUCCAGCUUAAAACCCACAGGCAUUUCUUUGAAUCCCAACAGGAAGAUGGAGAAGUAGAGGAGGGAGAAGAAGAAGGGGCAGUGAUCGGAUUCUGGAGUGCCUUCAUUUGGUUGGUUGGCAUGACAGUUUUCAUAGCCUUGUUAUCUGAAUAUGUUGUGGGCACAAUUGAGUGUGCUUCGGAUACGUGGGGGAUUUCGGUGGGAUUCAUCAGCAUAAUUUUGCUGCCCAUUGUUGGCAAUGCAGCGGAACAUGCUGGAUCUAUCAUCUUUGCUUUCAAGAACAAGCUGGACAUUUCCCUGGGAGUUUCUCUUGGUUCUGCAACUCAAAUUUCAAUGUUUGUGGUACCCUUUUGUGUUCUAGUAGCCUGGAUUAUGCACGUCAAUAUGGACCUGGAUUUCAGCCUACUUGAAACUGGUUGUCUAGCUUUCACGAUUGUCAUCACUGCCUUCACUUUGCAGGAUGGGACCUCUCACUACUUGAAAGGGGCAGUUCUUGUUCUGUGCUACGUUAUUAUAGCAGCAUGUUUUUUUGUUUAUAAAGUUCCACAAGAUGAAUUGGAUUCAUACCCAGGGAUCAAACCCUUCACCGGAGUGUUUGCCUCCUAGCUGCAUUUCGAGAACUUCACUGGUUCGAAAAUUUCCAUCAGCCUGUCAUGGCAACAAAUGAGGCGACAAGAGGCAACACAGAGGAAUUUCAUGUGCAUCAGGGAUCCGGCAACAUGAUACUGAUUACUGAUAGCUUGAAUUAGUAUUGUAUAAGCAUCAGCAGUUUAGCAAUUAAGAACUGUUGACGAAACUUUUGAUGGAACUGUGUUGUACAUAGCUCUGUCUCCUUCCAAGUCUGUUGUAGUAGCUGUUGGGAGAGGAAGCUUGCCAUAUGUGAGUAUUUGCGCAGGUGUUGUGUGACCAUAGCCGCUUAAGUCUUCAGCCCCUUGAAAACCUUGAAGUGUUUUUAAAAGUAAUCCAUUCAGCAUUCUCCAACGAAACGCUGACAUUGUGGUUGCCGUCUCCAAUUGGAUUGUACAUGUCGAACUUCAUGACUGAGUUUUCUUGCAUUUCACAUUGAUUCAACUUUAGCUUAACUUAGAGGGAGUCAGUUUCCUUUCUGGUCUUUUUACAUUUCUGCAAUUUUGCUGCUGGCGUGCUUGCUUAGUUCUUGGCAUUGAAGUUUGAACUGCAAGGGAAGUCUGUGUAAGAGAGAACGUGGAAGUUUGAAUUAGUUGGGCGAUUUUAUUUGCAGUGCAAGUUGAGCUUGGUUGACAUUAAUUAAGAUAUUAAAAGCCUUGGGUUGGGUGGGUUUAAAGGAA